AAAUCCCUUCAUACUGUUUGGACGCGUUGUAGCUGCUAGUUUGGAGCGAACUGAAGUUUAGAUUUACGGGGAAAAGUGUGUUCCAGGCGCCUUUGUUUGCCAAGAAUAUCUAAUUUAUUACCAUUAAGGAAUUUAGUAAUUAUUAAUGCAUUUGUUGAAUGAAGUACCGCAGAUAGUUGGAGGCGGAAAGCUCGUUAGCUUCACAGGAGAAUGAAUGAGGGCGACGUUAAAGCGGUUUUAUAAGGAGCUAACGGAGCUAACCCGGCUAACCGUGUUUAGUUCACAUCGUUUAACCCGUGUAACUGUUAUUAGCUACAAGGUUUCUAGCGCUGACACCGGGUUUGUAGCGCGGAGCUAACGCGGAGCUAGCACAGAGCUAAGGGAUGGAGCUGGAUCCUGGAGAUGUCGACCGGGCUAAAGCGUUCUGGGCUGAUGAGGACGUGGAUCAGGUGUUCGGUCGAGUCCUGGUUUACCUGGACCACUUGAAGAGAGUCCUGGAGAGGAGCACGGCCUCAGACAAAGAAUACGUCCAGGCCAUGAAGCUGCUGGAGGCUCUGGACUGCUCCUCCUCCACCUCCACCACCACCACCACCACCUCCUCCUCCUCCUCCCCCCCCCCCCAGGAGCAGGACUCCUCUGUGGUCCAGGUGGUGAUUGGUUCAGAUGCGCCGCUGCACACACUCCACAGCACCUCCUCCUCCUCCUCCUCCUCCUCCGCUGCUCCCAUCAAUGGACCAUGCUGCUCAGCAGCACCUCCUGCAGACAGAGAAGAGCUGCUGCCUCCUCUGGUUCCCGUCCAGCUACAGUACCAGCUCCACUCCUGCUCCAAGGCCUGUCUGUCUGGAUUACCCAGCAUGCCUCAGUGCAGCUCUUUGUUCUGGGCUCAGAAUCCACUCAAGCUACCGCUGCUCUGCGGCUUUAAGAGGCUGAGCGCUGUGCCAAGGGGCGGGGCCUGGGAUGCCGAGGAGGAGGAGCAGGAGGAGGAGCAGCAGGAGGAGCAGGAGGAGGACUGGGACGUCAUCUACAAAGCACCGUGUGGACAGAGCCUCCGUAACUAUGACGACGUGAUGCAGUUCCUGUUGGCCACGGAGAGCUACGACGUUCUGCAGGUCGACUUCUUCACCUUUAACCCCGUGGUCCGGUUGGACCCCCCUCAGGUGGGGGGUCCUCGUAGUCCGGAGCAGGACCUGAGUCGAGGGGCGGAGCCUACGCCAGUUGAGUUGAUCGUUGGGGAAGACGGGCUCCGCCCACCAGACUUCCGCUACAGGAAGGACCGCUGGCCGCACGGCUGCUUCCUGGGAAGGGAGGCGGAGCCUUUCGCUGUCUGCUGUGACUGCACCGACGGCUGCACGGACGCCGCGCGCUGCCGCUGUGUCGCCAUGACAACAGGGCCGCACUACCGCCACCACAGGCUGCAGGAGGCGGGGCCAGCUGGGCUGGUGGAGUGUGGCCCCUGGUGUGAUUGUGACCGGUCGCGGUGUCAGAACCGUCUGGUCCAGAGAGGAAUCAGGAUCCGGCUGCAGGUUUUUCGCACUGAGGACCGGGGCUGGGGGGUACGUUGUCGUGACGACGUGGACCGUGGGACAUUCGUAUGCAUCUACGCAGGGGUCGUCCUCCAGAGGGUCCUGACUCCCACAGAGCUGCCCCCCCCAAAGCUGGCGAGGGUGGACCUCCCGUCGGAUGACGAGGUGGAAGUCGUCACCGAGUGGCUGGCCCCGCCUGUACUGGAGGGGCGGAGCAACCUGCUGGAAACGCCCCCUACUCUGUCCCCGCCCACCUCGCCCCCCCUGCAUGUCCCGGUGAUCCAGAGACCGUCCGACCAGGCGGCGGCGGUCGGAGCAGAGCCAGCGCCCCCUACAGGUGACCAACCACAGCACGGCGACCAGAAGGUUACCGUGGCGACGGAGCCUCGUGGUGUGAACGGCACACAGGAGGGGCGGGGCCUGAAGCGGGCAGCGAGUUGGGGUGAAGUGUGCGUGGUGGACGCCAGCAAGGAGGGAAACGUGAGCCGCUUCAUCAACCACAGCUGCCGACCCAACCUGUUCCUCCAGGACGUCUACACAGACUCCCACGACCCCGGAUACCCGGUCAUCGCCUUCUUCACCAGCAGGGCACUGAAGGCCGGUUCGGAGUUGACCUGGGAUUACGCCUCUUUCUCCGCCUCCUCAUCGCACCACCAGGAAGUACCCUGUCUCUGCGGUAGCAACGGUUGCCGGGGGCGGUUCACCAUCGAGGAGAACCUGUGUGACAUGUGUGAGGUCGAAGGUCACAACCUGUGACCCUCCGCCAGCCUUCGAACUUCAUGCUUUUAUUUUGAAAUAAAUGUUAUUACUGUUGUGUGGUGUCAUUUCGUGUCAGAACUUCUAAAUAAAACUUUUAAAUCAUCUAA